AUUUUAAAGACCCGAACUUUCCCUCCCUUCUAAGCAUUUCAAAACAAUCAAUCACAGAAAACAGAAUAGAGCCAUCGAAGCAAAACGAAAAGUACAAAGCAUAUUAAAGAGAAGAGAACCAAAAUAGGGUUUCUCCAGAAGAAGAAAAAGACUUGAUCGGAUCAGCGGAUAUCAAUAGAGAUGGAGAAAUAUGAAAAGCUGGAGAAGGUCGGAGAGGGCACGUAUGGUAAGGUGUAUAAGGCACAGGACAAGACGACGGGGCAGCUAGUGGCUCUCAAGAAGACCCGGCUUGAGAUGGACGAAGAAGGAGUACCACCCACGGCCCUCCGCGAGGUCUCGCUCCUUCAAAUGCUGUCUCACAGUCUUUACGUCGUAAGGUUGCUGUGUGUUGAGCAUGUCGACAAGAAUGGCAAAAGACUGCUUUAUUUGGUUUUCGAGUAUCUCGACACCGAUCUCAAGAAAUUCAUCGAUUCUUAUCGCAAGGGGCCCAACCCCAGGCCCCUCCCUCCUUCCCUCAUUCAGAGCUUCUUGUAUCAAUUAUGCAAAGGGGUUGCCCAUUGUCACAGCCAUGGUGUGCUUCACAGAGACCUGAAACCUCAAAAUCUUUUAGUGGACAAAGAGAAGGGUAUACUGAAAAUUGCUGAUCUUGGGCUUGGAAGGGCCUUCACUGUCCCUCUUAAAAGUUAUACACACGAGAUUGUUACACUCUGGUAUAGAGCUCCAGAAGUCUUGCUAGGAACAACCCAUUACUCGACUGGGGUGGAUAUGUGGUCUGUUGGUUGUAUAUUUGCUGAAAUGGUAAGAAGACAAGCUUUAUUUCCUGGUGACUCAGAGUUGCAGCAACUACUUCAUAUUUUUAGGUUGUUGGGAACUCCUACAGAGGAGCAAUGGCCAGGUGUUAGUUCCUUGAGGGACUGGCAUGAAUAUCCCCAGUGGAAACCUCAAAACUUGGCACGUGCUGUUCCUUCCUUGGAACCUGAGGGUGUUGAUCUCCUAUCUAGGAUGCUCCAAUAUGAUCCAGCAAACAGGAUUUCAGCAAAGGCUGCACUUGAUCAUCGUUACUUUGACAAUCUUGACAAAUCUCAGUUCUAGAAUUCUCCUUGCCUUCAUUUUUUUUUAAUUUUGGAUCUCUAGGGAGGAAUGAUUUACCUCCUAUGAAGGUAUAGCCUGUUACAUGAUCUAAGCAUGCUUUUGGGGCAAUAUGGGUUGCCUCUUGCCAAUUUGGGUCCUAGUGCAUCAUUAAUGUCAGUUUUUUUUAACUGUUCGGCAACUUAGUAUGCUGUCUUUAUUGUACUGUAAGUCUGUAACAAGUGUUUCUGUUGUUAUUUUUAAGAAGAAACUACAUUAAUAUAAAAUCGUUUUUUUUUUCUA